CAGUCUUGACGCCGGUACCAAGUGGCCCACUGAGCCCAAUCUGUAACAGAGUACAGGAGUAUCGCCCCGGCGGACGGUUGCGGCAGCCUCUCGGCUCGGAUAUUUGUCAUUUUGUGGAUUUAUUCCCGACAGAUAAAUUCCAGGAUGCCUACAAAUGUACAAGGAGGGAAAGCCUUUGGACUGUUAAAGGAGCAGCAGAAGACAAAAUUGGACGAAAUAAACAAGGAAUACCUGGAAGACCAGAAAUACAGGGAUGAAGAGGACCUGCCUGAGAAACUGGAGGGUCUCAAAAAUAAGUACGCAGAGUUUGACCUGAAUGACCAAGGAGAGAUUGAUUUGAUGGGUCUGAAGCGGAUGAUGGAGAAGCUUGGGGUGCCCAAGACCCAUUUGGAGUUGAAAAAGAUGAUUGUCGAGGUGACGGGCGGCAGCAGCAGCAACACUAUCAACUACAGGGACUUUGUCAAGAUGAUGCUGGGCAAGCGUUCAGCUGUGCUCAAACUAGUCUUGAUCUUUGAGGACAAAGCCAAUGGCUCUCCCUGCAAGCCAGAAGGACCCCCUCCAAAGCGGGACAUUGCAAGCCUGCCUUAACUCUAGGUGUCAGCCUCCAGACUGCUUGUGAAGCAGAGGGACCAUCGGCGGUUGCGUGAAAUCGAGUCGUUCUCUUAACAUGUGGAGUGUUGUAUUAGUGUGGGACCAGUGAUCGAGGAUGUGAUUUUGUGAUAUACGGUGUAUGCAAGGUGUUUGUCAUUUGGAAGACUGAACCCCACAACUCACUAAAUGAUGUUUGACUGUGAAUAUUCUUAUUCAUCUUUUAUCCUUUUAAUUGAAAUGUAGCAUUGGUAGUUGUACACGUAACCUCCUUGAUAAAUUCAAUUUUGUAGUAAGUGUUUCAUGGUUAUAUUUUAAGGGAAAACUCCAAAUUCUCCAGAGGUUGUUUUUCCUUGUUUAAUUUUUGGGACGCGUUCAUUUUUAUCAUUCUAAGAGUAGGAUGCUUUUGGAGAAGCACAAGGAAAAGAAGCAUUUUUUUCCAACACAUUUUUGCACUGUCCUCAGUGGUCUUGGAUGGAUUCCUGCCAGGCUAAUCUUGGUCCACGUCUCACUUUAGAUCAGGUGCCAGAGAUUAGAGGCCCGGCCCAUUUCCUCUGGGUCAAAGUCAUCAGCCCUCAAAGCCAAAAUACUGAUCUGGAAUCAGUAACUAGGUUAUCAUGGCCACCUCAUAAUCGGAAAAGCAUUUUUUUUUGUAGAUGACUGUACUGCUAUGCGUUUUAAUAUUCCUCUCUCAGCUAGUGCGAGUGAAUAAGAGAAUAUGUUGACGACAGGCUUGAAGACAGGCUUGAAGAACAGCAAAUCUGACUCCAUUUUUAGAUCUGUAAGGUUAAGCACAUGUUAAUUUUGGAAGGAGUGUGAUUUACAGGCACACAAGCGUAACAGAUGUACAUAAUAUACUCACACACAGUACAAUCAUAUUCUUUCCAAGUGCCUUAACAUGCAGAUACUGUAGAGCUUAAACACACAGAUUGAAAAAGGAGGGAGUGCACACAGGUGUUCAGUUCGAGCAGUCCGCUUAGCUUACUAAUUCCACAAACCGUGAAAUAAAUUUAUUUGGUGAGAUAGUUUUGAUGAUGUUUGUUGAAUUGUAUUGAUAUGGUGUUUCCACAACAUUCUGAGUGAGUGAUGUUCACAAGGUGGAUUUUUUAAAAUGUAGUUGUUUCCCUUUUCUUACUAUUAUUUGUCGAUGUCCCAGCAACCUGCUUGUGGGAUGAUUUGACUGAUUAGGUUACCCUGUACUUGUCUUGCAAUGCAUACAUGUGUUACCAGUUUGUCUUUGAUUCUCAAUCUUUUUUCAUCAGCUAAUCAUCCCUCUCUGUUGAACUGGGUUCAUUGUCCUGUGAAUUCUGUAAUUUGUGCCUCAGUGUUCCCAUAACUCACGCUACUUACUGUGAAUUUGGUACUUGUAGUAUUUUUAACCCACUUAACAUGUUUGAAACUAUAAUGUUAUUUUGUUUUCAGUCUCAUAGGUGUACUACAUCUUUUAAUGUUGUUAAGAUGCACAUUGUUUGCAGACACCAAAGGAAUUAAAAUUCUUCUUACACUGGCCUGUUAAGUUUUUAAUGUUUAUUGCUGUCAUUGAGAUCUCCAUUAAACUCUUGACUAAUUUUGAGUUUGGGUGAAAAAAUGACACGUUUAAUAGGUAUAGAGUAGUGUUAAAUUGUGGUUGAAUAUUUUUUUAUUUCACUAGUAAAUGCCAGUGUUUGUUCAGAACACAUUACACUAUUAUGUUAAUAGCAGGAGAUGACAUACUACAUUGAGAGGGAGAUUAAGUCAUAGAUGCAGUAAUGCUAUUUAAAGAGUAACUGUGUUUUGUUUUUUUUUCAACCUGGACCCUGUUUUCCCAUGUUUUUGUGUUUAAAUGACUAAUGAGAGGAACGGUUUAUAAAAUUGAUUCAGUAUGAGCAAGACCCUGACUGCAGCAAAACUGGCUGCAAUGCCAUCACUUGGGGCAAUUGGGCACUGUCAAUUUACGCUCAUAAAAAGUGGUUAUUUUUGCCACUGACAGGAUCAGAUUAUUAUUCUACAUGUCUGACAACAUUAUGGAAAGGAUACCUACAGAGACAGACCCUUUUGUCAGAGAGUAAACUCCUUUUGUUUAACCAGAAACGGCCCUGAAAUCCAGAUCGCCGAACACACCAGACUCUAUUUAAAUAAACAGUGAUUUUAGCGUGUAUAGAGCCAGCAUAUUUUCACAUCUAACGGGUGAAUUAAGGGUUUAUUUCAGCUAAACCUGAGUUGAUGAUUCUUGGAACAGUGGAAAGAUGAACCAAGAAGGUUUUUGUGAGUUUAAUUCUUUUCAUGUUGACUUUGAAUGAAGUGUGUUUUGCAACAAUAGAAUCGCAGUUUAUUUAAAUGGAGUCUGGUAGGGUUGUCAAUAGCAAUUUCUGAGCUAUUUCUGGUGAAGCAAAAAGGAUUUUACUGCAGGCUGCUGCAGUAUUGCUCAUGACUGGACCAAUCUCAAAAAUUCUUGUCUCCAUUAUUCAUUUAGACACAAAAACACUGGAAAAUUGGGUCCAGGUUGAAAAAUACCAAAGUUACCCUGUAACGUUAAGUCAGUGGCCUUGGCUUACACAGAACACCAUAGUUAGAAAGAUUGGCAGUCUAUCAAGAGAGGGGGAGUUUUUCAUCAUACAAAAAUCCAUUUGUUAUAAGAGAUAACAUUCCAACACAUCCUUAGCUAUUAGCGCUGAUAAAUGCAAAGGUAAAACCUAUGAAUUAUCAGUUUAGCAAAUGAGAAAAUCUCAGUCUCAGUUUUGCAUGAUCAUCUCCCAGUUCACUCACAGGCAGAGAUAAAUAGUGUGUGAAUCCUUGGCUGUGACAACAUGUUGGAUGUUGUAAUAAUGCUUUCGUUCUAUAUUUUCUCAUUAACUCUUCAUGUCUCUUAAUGUACACACAGUUGUAUGCAUACAUACUCUUGAGCAAUAAAAUGUUUUCAUGAAAAAAGUCAA